AUGUUCAAUCCCAAUUACACCAACUGGCAACUUACUCAGUACCAAAGAGAAGAGACCUCACCAAAGAAACCUAAUAGAGAGGGCAAGUUUGAACCCAAUUCGCUCUAUCUUGUUCUUCGAAGCGAGCAGCACCGCUGCGUUGGAAAGCCGCACGACCGAUACAACUGCAUAGGAGAAUGGCAAUGGUGUCUAUUCGUUUUCGUACACAAUCUACAAGAGAACUGGAUCUACACCAUUGACAAGUCACCCACACUAGGGACGUGGACCGCAACAAGCGAGUUGGUUCCGACCGAAAGCAUCCUCAACUCUCGCGAAACCAUCUGCGCUAUCAGAGUUGGAGAGUUCACUAAUGCUCAACUCGCCCAGCAUAAUGAGAUCCCAACUGUGGAUUUAUCUAGUCUGCGAAAGACUGAAGGCAUGCGCAAUAAUGAGGUACGCUACCUGGGCUGA